AUGCGAGCCCUUGGAACUGUCGGCGACGGCCGCAGCAAUCGAGAUGCCCCUGGGGAGUGUUUCCAGGACGUGGCCAGAAUGUCGUCCUCUGACAAUGAACGACUUCAAGACCGCCGGGCGAUAGAAAACAAUGACGACAUUAAUCCGAACACCCCGUGGACCAACUUGUUGAGCAACGACUUUUGGGGGACGCCGUUGACGCACUCGGGGUCACACAAGUCCUACCGACCCCUUUGCGUCGCAACGUUUCGCCUCAACUUUUUCCUUCAUGGCCUGAACCCCGUUGGGUACCAUCUGGUGAAUGUGGCCCUGCAUGGCCUGGCCACAGCCCUGUUUGCAUCCACGUGUCGCAGUUUGUUGUUCAGGGACUCUGUCGCAGUUUGGACAGCGGCUCUCACGUUUGCCGCACAUCCUGUGCAUGUGGAAGCUGUGGCUGGAUUGGUGGGAAGAGCAGACGUCUUGGCCUGCAUCACCUUCCUGCUGUCAUUCUCGGCAUAUCGCCGCCACGUGACGGCCCGGACGAAGGCCGCCUUCGAAAGCGGCGCCAGCAAUCACAGCAGCAGCCGCCACGCAGCAGCUGCGACGCGACAACUGGCGGCCUGCGUCGCCCUUGCCGGCGUGUCCAUGUUGUGCAAAGAGCACGGGAUCACAGUGCUUGCCGUUUGUGCUGGCUACGACGUGUUCGUCGUGGCACGCAUGACCUGGAAGGACAUCUGGUCACUCGGGGACACGAAGGGCAAGUUCAAGCGACGCGCAAACGACCGGUGGCCCCGCCGCCGCGGCCUCAACGCGUCGGCGGACAAUCCGGCGGCGCAAAGUGAGGCCCUGCUCACGCGGACUUCAACAUUCGCUUUCCUGCCUGUGCUCAAUUUCCUUUUGUUGCUGUGGCCUCGAUGGCUCAGCUUUGACUGGUCCAUGGACACCGUGCCACUGGUGGAGUCCUUGACUGACUCUCGGGUCGCCGCCACGGCCUGUUUUUAUGGCCUACUUGUUGCCUUGGUCCAUAAAGCGUAUUCCUCGAAAGACCGGGGACUGACGACGGCCCUCCUGUUGCUCAUAGUUCCGUUCAUACCUGCAUCGAACCUUCUUUUCCACGUUGGGUUCGUUGUGGCCGAGCGGGUGUUGUACCUGCCUAGCACGGGGUUCUGCUUGCUGGUUGGGCUCGGCGCCGGACUGGUUGCGCGGCGCCGGCGCCACUUGGCCCGAGUCCUCGUGGCGGUGGUGCUCUGCGCGUUCGCUGCUCGCACUCUGGUGCGCAACAGGGACUGGGUCGACGAACACGCCCUCUACACCUCUGGAAUCCCCGUCAAUCCAGCAAAAUCUUACGGGAACCUCGGACGAGUUUUGAGUGCAGAAGGUCGAGAGAAGGAAGCAGAAGCUGCUUACAUGAGUGCCAUCAGGUUGCGACCAAACAUGGCCGAUGCUCAUUACAACUUGUGA